CGUCUCGCGUUAGGUUACUGAAGUCUCGGUCCGUCUCUUCUGGUAUCUACUGGUAGCUCAUUGUAGAAGCUGUUUUUUAGAGUUUGUCUCUUUUUGCUCAAGCUGAGCUCUAAAAGGAGGAUACUGUGAGCUGUCGGAGAGGAAAGCUGUGCCGCUGGAGCGAACAUGGUGUAACUGCAGGGCUGUUUAAACUCUCCUCCUGUUGAAGGACGGAGUUUCCCGAGCAGAGCUGCAGGGUCUGUGUUCGGGGUUUACCUGCUGUACAGGAGAUGCUAGAAAACUACAUCUAAAAUCAGGAGGGAAUUAAUGUGAGCCGAUGGAAACGUCACCUGAUUCGUCCAACGCUAAUGAAUCUGACAUAAAAAUGCAGAAAGAUUCAGACAAAGCUAGAACUCACUACUGCUCUGAGUGUGGAAAGAGUUUUAUUGACAGAUAUAGACUCCAAAGACACGAGCGCAUUCACACUGGAGAUAAAUCAUAUCACUGUUCCAAGUGUGGGAUGAAUUUUAAUCAAAAGCACCAUCUCAAAGUACACCAGCGCCUUCAUACAGGGGAGAAACCAUAUCAAUGCUCAGAGUGUGGAAGGAGUUUUACUGCAAAGAGUAAUCUCCGAGUCCACCAGAGAAUUCACACAGGAGUGAAACCGUAUCAGUGCUCAGGGUGUGGAAUGAGUUUUUCUGCAAAGAAUAAUCUCCAGAGACACCAGCGUAUUCAUACAGGAGAGAAACCAUAUAACUGUUCAGAAUGUGGAAUGAGUUUUAGUCUGAAGACUUAUCUCGAAAGACACCAACGUAUUCACACAGGAGAGAAGCCGUAUUGCUGUUCAGAGUGUGGAAAGGGUUUUACUCAAAAGAGUGUCCUCAAAGCACACUGGCGUAUUCACACAGGGGAGAGACCUUAUUACUGUUCAGAGUGUGGAAUGAAUUUUAGGCAAAAAAGUGUUCUCGAAGCACACCAGCGUAUUCACACCGGAGAGAAACCGUAUCACUGUUCAGAGUGUGGAAGGAGUUUUAAUCAAAGGAGUCAUCUCCAGACACACCAGCGUGUUCACACAGGGGAAAAACCUUAUCGUUGUUCUGAGUGUGGAAUGAGUUUCGUUCAGCAGAGCUGUCUCCAAGUACACCAGCGUGUUCACACAGGAGUGAAACCAUAUUACUGUUCAGAGUGUGGCAUGAGUUUUCCGGCACAGAGCGCACUCAAAAAGCACCAGCGCAUUCACACUGGAGAGAAACCGUUUCAGUGUUCCGAGUGUGGAAAAAACUUCUGUCGAAAGAGCGUUCUCCAAGGACACCAGCGUAUUCACACAGGGGAAAAACCAUAUCGUUGUUCCGAGUGUGGAAUGAGUUUCGCCCUGCAGAGCAGUUUCCGAAUACACCAGCGUAUUCACACAGGAGAGAAUCUAUUUCAGUGUUCCGACUGUGGAAGAAUCUUUAUUCGAAAGAGUUGUCUCCAAAGACAUCAGCGCAUUCACACUGGAGAGAAACCGUUUCAGUGUUCCGAGUGUGGAAAAAACUUCAGUCGGAAAAGCGUUCUCAAAGAACACCGGCGCAUUCACACAGGGGAAAAACCUUAUAAUUGUUCAGAGUGUGGAAUGAGUUUCACUGUGCUGAGCAGUUUCCAAAUGCACCAGCGUAUUCACACCGGAGAAAAACCCUUUCACUGUUCCAAGUGUGGAAAAAACUUUAAUCGAAAGAGUGUUCUCGAAAGACACCAGCGUGUUCACACAGGAGAGAAACCAUAUCAGUGCUUAGAGUGUGGAAGGAGUUUUGCUGACAGAUCCAAUUUCCAAAGACACCAGCGUGUUCAUACAGGGGAAAACCUUAUUACUGUUCAGAGUGUGGAAUGAGCUGUAUUCAGUGAUCGUAUCGAUCGGAAUGUUGGAAGAGUUUUGCCCUCAAAAAACACCAGUGCUUUCACACAAGUAAGAAAGCUGGACAAGGGUGGCCGGAGUGAAUCCCAGAGUCUACAAAUUCUUCAAAGUUAUAUUCAUUCUGUAUGAUAGGUGUUGGAAAGCAG